AAGAAAGAACGGCAAGCUUACAUCUGAUUGUCCCUCACAGUGCUGGCCCGGAAAGGAAUAGGGGAGCAAGACGAGAGGAUUUGGUGAACCGAGGAGAGUGACACCGAUAGAGGAGAAGGACCAUGGCUUCUCUCUCGGUCGUGCUGAAGUCCUGGGUAGUACUGCAGACACUGUGCCUAGUUUUGGCCCAAGUGAGAGGUCCUCCUGGACCUCAGGGCCAGGCGGGCCCACCAGGUCCUUCUGGCACUCCUGGUUCAGACGGCAUUGAUGGAGACAAAGGUUUGCCCGGCCCACCUGGUCCACCAGGACCAAAGGGAGAGCCGGGACAGCCUGGUCCUGAUGGUGCGCCAGGAGAGAAUGGUAUUGAUGGUUUGAUUGGUGCAAAGGGUGAUCGAGGUGCAGUGGGAAGCCCUGGCCCAAAGGGUCAGCCUGGGUUGAGUGGAGAACCUGGCAGACCAGGUCCCGGCCUCCCAGGACUUGCUGGCGCACCAGGGCCUAUUGGGAUUCCUGGUGAAAUUGGUCCAACCGGACCAAAGGGUUUAAUGGGACCCCCUGGACCGCCAGGACUCCCUGGGCCACCAGGCAAGCCAGGCCCGCCAGGGAAGUUCAUUGGUGGAGAAGAAGGAAGUGCCGACUUCCAGUGUCCUCUCAACUGUCCAGCAGGAGCUAAGGGCCCACAGGGACUUCAGGGUGUCAAAGGCCAUAAAGGACGCCCCGGUGCUCUUGGAGAACCUGGCAGUAUUGGAAAAGUGGGAAUCAAAGGAGAAGUGGGGAUCUCUGGAGAACAAGGCAUCCCUGGACCUUCGGGUCCAAUGGGCGUGAGGGGCUAUCCAGGAAUGAUGGGUCCAAAAGGAGAGGCGGGACCUCGUGGCUACAAGGGCAUCAGUGGACCUGUAGGGAUUCCCGGACCUCCAGGUGAGGAGGGACCUCAGGGUGCUCCUGGAGAGGCAGGAGACAAGGGAGAUAAAGGCAGCCCUGGUAUUCAGGGCCCACAGGGUGCAGUUGGCAAAAAAGGAGACAAUGGCCUGCCUGGCAUUGAUGGAAAAGAUGGCACACCUGGUAUUCCUGGACUCAAAGGAGGACCCGGUCAGGCUGGGAUGCCAGGUCCUCCUGGUCAUCAAGGAACAGCGGGAUUGCCCGGUAGUCCAGGUGCGAAAGGUGGAGCUGGAGUGAAAGGCGAGCCUGGACCCAGGGGUCGUGCUGGCAUGCCUGGUGCCCCCGGACCUUUGGGUGAACCUGGUGUUCCAGGGGAGGCAGGUAUGGCAGGAGUUCCCGGUCCUAAGGGGGACAGAGGUCAGCGUGGUCCGGUAGGACCUCAAGGAAUAGUUGGGAAGAUUGGAAACAAAGGAGAGAGGGGGCCAAUGGGUGUUCCAGGUGCUCAGGGCCUGAGUGGGACGAAAGGAGACAAGGGAUUCCAAGGAAAAAGUGGGCCAAAGGGAGACAUCGGUGACCCAGGUGUGGAGGGCUUAGGUGGCGAGAAAGGUGAAAAGGGUUUAUCUGGAGAGCCUGGACCUAAAGGACAGCAAGGAGUAAGGGGGGACGCUGGACACAAUGGUCCAACUGGGGACCCUGGCAAGCCAGGUGACCAAGGACCUGCUGGGCUUCCUGGCCCCAGAGGACUCAAUGGAGUGCGAGGUGUGCCUGGAAAGCCCGGCAUUCAGGGCUCUCCAGGACGUGAUGCAUCAGAUCAGCAUAUUAUUGAAGUAGUGCUGAAGAUGUUGCAAGAGAGGCUAGCAGCCGUAGCUGUGAGUGCCAAGAGGGCUGUGCUUGGUGGUGCUGGUGUAAUGGGACCCCCAGGGCCUCCUGGACCUCCGGGCCCACCGGGCCCCCAGGGACCACAUGGUUUGCCUGGUACAAGGGGCAUCCCUGGCAUGAUUGGAGCACCCGGGCAGAUUGGAAACACAGGGUUAAAAGGAAAGAGAGGGGCCAAGGGUGACCGAGGAGAUCCUGGCAAACCUCACCAAGGACCACCAGGACCCCCAGGAAUUCAAGGUCCUCGUGGUGUUGACGGUGUGGCAAGAGAUGGCAGGCCAGGUGAGAGAGGCCCUCAAGGAGCUGCUGGUGAAGCCGGUCAUCCUGGUAAAGCGGGUCCCCCAGGCCUCCCGGGCUUCUGCGAGGCUGCUAUGUGUCUGGCCGCGUCGGCGUACACAUCUCCGAGACUACAGGAGGCAGGAGCCAUUAAAGGACCCAACAUUUAGAGUACUGUCUCCAUUCACCAGUUCAUGAAAAUGGGGAGGGAGAGAGGAACAGAGACCACUCUUCUCACUUGAACAUCAUGAGCAAGGGGUAGGGGAGAGAUAGUAUGUUGACUGAAUGUGCAUUCCACCCCCUCCCUUUUUUGAGACAUACAACCCGAUGGAACGUUCUCUCUUCUUAAUCCCUACAUCACAAUGACAACACCAGGUCACAUGCCACCCACUUCCCUCUGAAUGUUCAACUUUUUGGAUUGUAAGCAUUUCCUUGUCUCCCACAACGGUGACCAUGAGCUGAUAGGACGUGACAGCAAAGUAAAAAAGUACAUUGGGUUUGAAAUACACAAUAUUUUGGGAUUAGCUUGUCAGAUAUCUUGCCUCACGCGACAUCACGACAAAUGCCUUAAAAACUGUGCUAAGGACCAAUAAAUAAUUCUGAAAUGUAUUCUCAGUACAAUACCUUUGUAACUGUAUUAUUGCGGAUUGUAAGCUUGAGCGAAAUCCCUCAUUCAACCCCCCCCCAGUGUCCCCAGUUUUAUCCUUUCUCCAUUACCCGCUUUCUGCCCAAGUCUCAUUUUAGAAACUAACGACUACUUUAUCUCUUCCUCUUGUUGCCUGGCAACGGCAUAUCCCAAUGGGCACUCCCAUCUCCCACAAUGCAGUGCUGUAAAUCUUUGUAAAUGUGUGUUGAUUAUUAUGUAGAGAAAAAGGAAUGGGUUACGAGGCGCACCAACAAAGAAUCCAGAGAUUAAUAAAAUUUCAGAAAUACAAAAAUCUUAUUUCCGGAUGCAUCCGUUAGGUUGUACGAAUGUGCUCCCUGUACCACUGUCAACCUUCCAUUAGGUGUCAGCAGUUAAAUGAGUGAUUUAAUGUCAUUAAAAGAAGUUAUUUAUUAUUAUUAUUAAUAUAAUCAACUGUAAAAACUUUUUUUUCCUGGCUGUUCAAGUCUUUCCAAACCAAUAAAAAUGAACCUUUUUAUAAAAUACAAUGUUCUUUAUUACAAUGUAAAACUGAUGUUUGCUUACUAUUUAAAUACAAUUAGUAGAGAGUGCAAGCUGCAGUUGGUUUGAAUUUGUCAACACUUGUUUGGCAGUUUUAAAUAUGAGUGCACAUACAUACUGUGUAUACUGUAAUUUAUUUCACUUGAACACACCAAUUGAACAAAUAUAUUCCGAUGAAA